UUACAUCGACGAGAAAAGAAAAGUGUUGUGAAAUUCUCACGAAUGCGGAGAUGCACGCGUCUCGAUACGGCACGAACAUUCGGUAUAUAUCCGAAGGUCCGCCUCGAAAUAUCUGUCGUGCGUGGUUCGCGAGAUUCGCGACACGGAAGAAAAGUCUUUUUCCGGGUUGGCGAGGACGAUUUAUGCGGGUAUUCGAGAAAUAUCGGCUCACGAUUCGUCAGAGUUUCGAAAGCUCGUUACGUUUCUCGAACGAAACGAUAAGCUCGAGCUCGAACUCGCUCGCUCGCUCGCUCGCCCGCCCACCCCGUCAGCUCGGGAUGAGCUAUUCGCCGUGAACUUCGGGCAAACUUUAUCUUCGCGAGGCGGUUAUCACGAAUCCGGUGGAAAUUGUUCGAAAACUUGAAACCUGAAACAAUUUCACCGCGUUUAAACCGGGUUCAACUUUGUGCGGAGCCAACAGGUGUGAUGAUAAUUCGUUAAUUCUCGAAAACUCCCAUUCAACCGGGAGAGGAAAUUAUUUCUCGUUUAUUCAUCCCUCUUUGUCGCGUCAAACUUUAAGUAAAGCCACCGUCUCUCUCUCUCUCUCUCUAUUUCUCCGUUUCUCUCCCUUUGUCCCGUCGCCUUUGAUUAUUCUCGCGAGAGUUCUCGCGCGAAGCGUAAUCGCCAAAGAUACCGCUUCGUUUUUCGUGAUUUCGAUCUCGAAGGAAAGGAUUCUCUCCGUGGAGAGAAGAGAGAGAGAGAGCGCGGUUGAACACCGGCAAGAACGAACGGUGGAAUUUCAUGAAAGAAAUAUCGCAGGGUCGGCAGGAAAUCGAGAUAGAACGUUAUCCGGGCAAUUGGAAUGGACCGACCGCCACCGCUCCAAAUGUAUGCGUAACGAUCCUUCUCCCCUCCCCUCCCUCUUCCCCUUAGGUAAAUUCAACCUUUAAAGAUUUCCCCGUUGCCACGUUAAUUUUCAGUUAGUUCGUGGCUUGCCGCGGCCGCCUCGAGUGCCUCGAGACGAGCAUCACCGCCCCAUCCAACAGCCAAGUACCAUCCAUGUCGGAAUGCAACGGCACAGGGUUGUUAAAAAAGUUGAAUCUUAAACUUUAACCCAAGUGCAUUAUCUUUUUAGAGGAGCGUGAGCAUAAUAAAUGGUAACUUUUUCUUACCACAACUAUACCCUUUGGAAUUUUUUCUCUCUCUCUCUCUUUUUUUGCGGAAAAUUUACCACCCUCCACUUCGUCUGGACGUGAUAUAGCGCGCCUAUCCAAACGCUUAUCCAAACUCUCGGUGUAUUAUUAACUCCGUGGAAACUAGAGUGCGAUUGGAUCGGUCGGGAAAGAGAGCCCCGAGUUUGCCGAGGUCGGGAGAAGUUUCGUAUCGAAACGUUUUCCGUUUGCACUUCCUGUCAGCGGCCGGAUGAAAAUCUUUCUUCGAGGGAGAAGCCUCGCUUUUCGGAACCUAUCGGGGGAACUUUGGAUACUUAAAAGUUGGCCGACUCUUGGUUAAUAGAAUUCCCGUGUUUAAAGCGAACGACGAAUGGGCCCGCUACGGCGAAGCAACGGGCAGAUAAAGUUUUCGAUUUCGGGAGAGCGGCUGGUAGUCGGAUUAAUUCGAUAUGGCGGCGAGCAAAUCCUUGGACAAUGUCCAAAAACUUGGGAAGGGAAAGCUUCGAUGCGUGUAACCCGAAAAUUUCCAUCUAUGUUUUGUAACGUAGAAUCUACAUUUUGAGUAAGACGCAUCUUCUUGUGCAAAGAUUCAUGGAAAAGUGAAUAAUAGAAUAGGGGGAAUAAGAGAACAGGAGGAAGGGUAAAGAAACUGAUCGUCGAAAAACACGCGAACCGAAUUCGAAUUUCUCGAUGAAAUUUUUAAAAUAGCAGACGGUAGACUUUUUUCUACUAUUUUUACGCGUGGAUAAUAAUUCGAUUAAACGUGCCAUUAAAUAUUACUUUUGCCGCGAAUAAAUUUAAAACUUGAAGGGGUUGAAAAACACACAAGUUCAUUUACAAGUCACGCGAGAUCAUGAAUUUUGUAUGAGAAUAUUUGUUGCAACUUACUCAAGAUAAAUAUACAAUUUCCCCAACAGCUUUUUAACUCGAGAAUUAAUAAGGAAUAAAACAAAAUCCACCACCGACGAAUUCGUAUCGAGCCGUAUAAAAAGAAUAAUUGGGGAACGCAGAUCAAACACAGAUGAAAUCGCGAGGAGGGGAGAAGCGGGAGGAGGGUCAAUGAUCCGGAUAGAACGAAUUUAGGUUGACUGUUUGCAAAGUUCUCCGCUCGGUUAACAAACUGAAUACCGCAGCCAGCCUUUUUGAAUCUGGGAUCCGAUCCAGUGGAGGGAGAGAAAAAUCGGGAGGACCGAAAAUCGAAGGGACGAAAACUGCAGCCCGCCACUUGGCCGAUAUCGGCGAUCCUUACAACCUGCGUGUUCCACGCCGACGUGGAUACACGUGCACCGGACGUAUCUAUCGGAAUGCAAGUUUCCCAUCAAUCGAGGCUCGCGCUCCGCUGUUUCAUUUCGAGUCGCCCGGUUGAUUAGCAAGAACUCGGCUCGGACCGACCCCGUUUCCGCGCGAGAUUAGCAGAGUUUCGGACGCGAGCGAAACGCGAGUUGCAAGACGCUUGCAGACGAAAGGGAAAAGUUGCGAUUGCUUUCGUCGACUGCCAAGUUUUGCGGAAUGUAACGGAUAUCGAUGAAAAUUAUACAAGGUGAACGAGUCAGAAGGAAAAAGAAAACAUUUGUAAUAGUUUAAAUAGGAAAUUUUCAAGUGUACUUUGCAUUCUCGCGAUAAAUAUCUCGGUUAUUUUCUUCGUUAUUAUCCACGAGUUAAUGGGAGAAGAAAUAAGUAGAUCAUAAGUAGAUCUUUAGAAACGUUGCGAGAACUAGCGAUGAAUCGAAUUUAUACUAAAUAUAACUGUUUAACGAUUGUAACGAGUCCAAUUUACUUAUUAUUAUUAUUAUUAUUAGAGGAAUUAAUUCCAGCGGGGUAGAACGGUCAAAGAAAGGGGGCGAGUUUACUCUCGUUCCUUUCUAUCAUUUUCAAUUUGCUGGCCAAGUCUCGAAGAGAUGCCUCGACUCUCUUAGCCGACUCGAAAUCGGCUUGACCGCGCCCUUGCUCGCAAAAUCAUUUGAACCAGCUCGAGGAUCGGAUAUAUUCCCGAAUGAAUUUCAAUUGGGAAACUUGGAAAAGGUUCGAUGUGAAUGUGAACUGUCGUUGCGAACGUCAAGAAUUCACGCGGGUGACGCGAAUCCAGCUGCGCCAGCCCGGUGUUUUUCAAUUUCGUGCGGAAAUGUUCGUGCGUCGCGCCGAUAAAAUAACGCGAGGUACAAGAGAACUCUCGUGAGGAGGGAGAGAGCUCGUUAUCGGCAUCAAUUUCGAAAUAUCGAAAAUCUUGGCGUGUCGUGUCGAAAAAAAGAAGGUCGGAGACAAACGUUUGCCUCGACAGGCCGCUAAUCCGCCUUCUCCUCGCUUCCUCCGGAUUUCGUGCGCACACACGAAAGGCACACACACACACAUCCACAUGCUAUUAUCGCUCGGUUUAUCGAACCUCGUUCUCGAGAAAACUUAUGCACGGGUUCCUCGAGUUUUACUCUAGCUUAAUCGUCGCUCGCAACGGCGCACGCGCAUACGAGAUUCCAGAAAUUAGGUGUCUUCUCAACACGUCACGAAAGAUUACAGCUCCGAUACACGGAUAAUUCCUCUUUGCGGAGAGAUCGUCCCCUACUUUCCGAAUAAACGUAACUCUCUCUCGGCCCAAUUUUAUCGUCCCGUUAAUUUGCGAUGCGCGGCCGAUCCGGUGACCGACCGCUCGCUGCGAAAUGUCCCCCGGAAUGGGAUUGGGGGUGGAAACGGGUCGAGGUUUACACCCGUGUUUAUGGGCCCAUUCGUGGAAAAUGCGAUAAAGUGGCGGGAAGAUAUAUAGGGAAAUUUGUGAAAAUCUUUGACGAAGAAGAAGAAGGGGACGAUUGAAUCGAUUAGGUCUCGACUCUCGUCCGUGACGUUUGAUCACGAGCGGAGAGGAUAGAGAUCGAAACGAAGUUACACGCGAUGUUUGUCGAUGAAUGUCGAGGAAAAAAUUGGAGAGAGAUUGGAUCGAGAGAAAGAGAGAGAGAAGGGUGAGUUUUUUGUAUGACAAUUAAGAACGUAAAAGGGAUCGAUCGACCAAGCUUCGUUUCGUUUUGUUUACUUUCCAUUUAUUUCCCGUAACUGGCAACUGGUAGGCCUCUCCCGAAACUGCUGGCCGAUGAAACGGACCGAAUCGACGAGGCGACUGAUUCGCGGUUACGUUCGUCAGGCGUCCCCUUUCAUCGACCGAUCGAGUCUGCCGGUAGGGCGUCGUUAUCGGCGAGAGUUCACGUGCGAGGCGUUGCUGAUGAAUGGUCCCGCGUCUGCAAAGGCACGCUCGUCACGCAAAACGUUAUUUAUAGCUUUGGCUUGGAACCUUGUACGUCGCCAAGAUUUCCUUCCCUCUUUUUUUUUUUUCUAUUUUUUGAAUGAACGUGAUACGAAUUUUAUUAAUCUCAAAUUAUAUUACGUAGAUUUGAAACGAGGAAAUUUAUAUAUGCGUCCGAGGUGAUAUCCUUAUUUUCUUUCUUUCUCGAAUAUAUUUGACGAUCCAUUCCGAAAAUCUUGCCUCGAGGAUUACCUCGGUCGAAAAAUUUCGACAGAAUUGAAUUUGAACUCGAUCGAAAGGAACGAACCUUUGUCAUUACGUAAAAACGUCGAUGAAAUUUCAAUCAACAUUUUUCGAAUCGCCGAGUUUUACCAAUUUGCCGUACGUUCGAAUGAAUUAAAUCGAAAUCGGCUCAUAAUUUUCCUCCUUUAACUCGUGCAAACGAAUGCGAGUUGAACGUGCGUAUUCAUCGCGUGGAAAGCAAAAGUUAUCGCGUACCGUUGCGUAUGCGCAAAAUUUCCGUGGAAAUAUUUCACAAAACGGUGGAUUACGGAGUAGAUUCCAUCAAACUUUAUGCUAUAAGCUCGAGAUAAUGUCAUUUGUUUCCCUCUCCAUACCGAUUUUUGUCCAAAUGUUACACCCCAGAGGAUGAAAUAAAUAUAGUACUUACUUAAUACUAGCUUAACCGAUCGCGCGUCACGAGAAUUGGAAGAUGGCGAGCAGAUUCCUUUUCUUUUUUUCUUUCACGUAUCACGAGCGACAGCCAGGAUACUAUUUUCAUUAGUUGUCUCGUUUCAACCUUGAAAAAUCGGCCAAGUAAAAGAGAAACUCGAAAUCCCCGUUUGAGCGGGUUUUCGAUCCGGUCACGGACGAGAUUCUGCGACGUCUAACGCAUUGCGAUACUCAUCCAUCUUACGACGAUCGAGCGCAAAUUGGAUUGGACAAUAAAGCGUACACCGUCCGCUUUAUCUAUCCGAGAAAUUAUUUUUUUACGACAAAUAGAUAGUCGAGUGCGGCUAAUCACCGGUAUCGCGUGUAAUUCCUAUCGUUAUCCACUCGCGUGUCCCGAGUUCGUAUACCCCGCCCUAAUGACAUGCAUUAAUAACAUGCUCGAUGAUCGCCACGCAAGAUUUAUGCGAUCGAAAAACGGGAAAACACCCCGUGCCACGUUGAAAAAUAUCGCCCCGUCCCUGGUUCCUCCUUCCUCGGCUUCCUGCUGUUUCAACCGUUUUUUCCUCCCCCUCCUUGAAGCAAUCAAUCUCGACGUCGGGGAUGGAAAACUUGGAACGAGUUCGUUAAAAACGCUUCGAGCCGGGCAAGUCUCUCUAAACGAGAAAGCAUUUACGAGACUUUCGGUGUUCUCGGAGGUCACUAUUCCCGGUCUCGUCGCAACGGAGGUGAAAGAAACGCGCGUAAAAGAGAGGGCCAACGAUUAAACCGGUUUGCUUAUUAUCCCCGGCAUCAUCGUAUAUACGUACAGAGCGUAUCGCGGUAACGAUGGCGGUGAUGGGAAGGGGAGGGGGUCCGCGUGCAACGAAGGGGGCGAGGGAACGUCGGAGAAUAUCUUGCUUUGCCGUUCCUUCCCUACUCGAACGAGCAGUGUCGUAGAUUUCGUACCUCGAUUUUCGUACUCGUUGCACGCCCUGCCACACUUUCUGUCCGUGACACACAGUGCCGUACGUCGCGACGCGUCGUGACCGACGCGAGCUACUACCCUUAACGCUACACUCACGUUGACCCAGCCUCGUGUCGGUGAGGCUGGUCCGCGUUCGUGGCGUCGUGCAUGUGCCGCGCUCCGCUCUCUGUGUGCCAGAGAGGGUUAUACGUGUGCGCGGACCCCUGUUCGUGGACCCUCUGCGCGUUUCCACCAUCACGGGAGGUGGAUCGGAAGCGCGCAUGCUCCCACGGCCAAGAAUCACCCCAGUCAGGGUGAAUCUGCCACCGGAUCAAGACGUGGUGCGUGUCGUGUCGUCCUAUAUAACAUGUCGCGCACAUAGACGCCAAGGUGUCUUUCUUUUUUUUUUUUCCUCCCCUCUUCCCAUCCCCGCGAAGAAAAUCGUAUUCCGCGCGGAAAAAAAAUCGGUGCGAAAUGAGGCGAAGAAACGAGAGGAGGGUCGCACGAGGAACGUUCCCUCAGACUUGGCCAUCGUGUGAAUAGUGACUCGCGGUCGUGUGUACACCGGAGGAGGAUCGAGGGGAGGAAAAGGGAAUCGAAGGAUUGUGAACAAUUGUGGAACACGUGUGACGAUGUUGGGAUUGUUGCAUUGGGAUUGUCGCAGGUUCCACGACGCUCGAUUCGUUGGGCCCUGAACGGGGCCAGUUCCGGGGCGAGAGGAAUCUUCGCCUCGCUCCACACUUUUGACCGAGAUUCGCCGAGGUGGCAACUUGCGUCGAACUUUUAACAUGCCGCGAUAUCGAGACGAGGCAGCUCUCGAACCAUGGUUAACGACGCUCUUCCUAUCCGCGUUAUCGGUGCGAUAAAUGGCGCUCUCGUUUAACCCUUGAAAGGAAAUACGACGAGGAGAUGGAAUAAGAAAACGUCGCCCCGUUCCUUUGCACGACACGUCGCGUAAAUUUCGCCUCCUCGCUCGUUCGAAAGUGGAGGAAGGAACGAUUUUCCAAGGAUCGAUACGACACCCGAUUGGAGGUUGCCCGACGUCCAGUUACCAGGCGGUAGAUCGACGGAUCGAAGGAUCGUGGGGUCGAAGAGUCGUGGUGUUGUCGAAUGUUUCCGACGACCCGCCUUUUCUUUUCUCGAAAAACUUGGUUCAUCGACCGUCGAUCCGUCGUGCGCUUCUCCUCCGUUUUCGUUUCGAUCGUCCCAAUUAUCAAUCUCGCUGACCCGGGACCACGACGUCUCUCGUCGGCCAGCCAAUUUUAUGGGAACCGUCGACGAGGACGAGGGGCGUUCGACUCGAGUCGGGGCGCGGAAAACCGAAGCGGUGGCGAUCGAAACGGAACUCUAAUAAUCUGCCCGCCUCGGCUCGUCGGAAUCUCGCUCGUGUUUAUCGAGCGUGCAGAGUGUCGUGGACCUUUACCAUUUCCCGCGAUGUCGACGCGGCCGCGAUAAGGAUUAGCCGUCAGUGGAUGGACGUGGUGUCGCCUAACGAAGAGGAUGUGAAUCGCACACGGUGGUAUCGAAGUGAACGCGCUUAUCAAACAAUCGCGGACAUGGCUUUGAGGUGGCAGGCGAGGCUGUCCAUUGCUGCCAUACUCUUCAUGUGCACGGAAGAUACGCUGAGCUUAGGAGAUCGCACGAUGGACACCAUGGAUCGACACGGUGGUCAGGGUAGGCCGCGGAACCAGAUGCUCGAUCCACCAUCCAACAUGAAACUGAAGGUGGAGCCUACGUUCGACUACUCGCAGAACACGAACGUGACAGCGCUGAUAGGGAAGACCGCUUAUCUCACGUGUAGGGUUCGCAACUUGGGCGACAAAAGCGUAUCCUGGGUGAGGCACAGAGAUAUUCACAUUUUAACGGCGGGGGCGUACACCUACACGAGCGAUCAGCGAUUCCAAGCGCUUCACAGACAAAAUACAGGCCAAAAUAGCGAGUGGUCUGAAUGGACUCUUUGCAUAAAAUGGGCGCAGGAGAGAGACCAAGGACUCUACGAAUGUCAGAUCUCCACCAUCCCCGUCAAGUCGCAUCAGUUCCGCUUGAACGUUGUCAUACCGACAGCGACGAUACUCGGAGGGCCGGAUCUGUACGUUGGCGCGGGAAGCACGAUAAAUUUGACGUGCGCCAUACACUUCAGCUCGGAGCCACCAGCUUACAUCUUUUGGUACUACAACGAGCAUGUUUUGAGCUACGACAGUCCCAGGGGCGGUGUCUCGGUGAUAACCGAGAAGGGUGGCGACGUCACCACGUCUUGGCUCCUUAUUCAGACGGCACAGCCCUCCGACUCCGGGGAGUACAGCUGCAAACCGAGCAACGCCAAUACGGCGUCCAUCAAAGUUCAUGUCCUAAAUGAAAAGGCGAACGAAACGAACGAACGGGAGAGCCGAGGGAGAAGGAAACCUGCGUGUACGAUCGUGCUCGUAUUGACCAGCUUUGCGAGAAGCCGACAUGCAAACGGGUCGCGCGUACCCGUAGCUUCUAAGGUAGGUUUAACACGAGCCAUCAACGAUGGAUACACGACCGCCAUCCUGUCUAACUGUAAACCAACGAAUCAAGCUUGCUCGGAGUUGCUAUUCGCUGUUUGCGAUAGAUACCACGAGAGAACGCGACCGAGGCAAAGACGUUGUCGGUGAAUACACGAUAAAGGAGCCCGGUGGUAACAUUAGAACGGUGAAAUAUCGGGCAGGGAAGAAUGGAUUUUUCGCUCACGUUUUCAACAGCAAUGGCAACGACCACGAUGGAGGCCACCACCAUUAAGCUUCGCGUCAUCAUCCGUUACCAAAGAUUUUCUCGUUACGUUGCGAUUGUUGUUGUUGUUGUUAUGCAACGUUGAUUGUUUCGUUUUUGUUACACUGAUUAAAAUAAAGGGAAAAAAGAAGGAAAAACAAAAAAUGAGAGAGAGAGAUCGAUCGAAA